UGACUAAGGGUAUCUUUGCAGUUGGCUUCCUUAUCAGGAGGAGGUGCCGGAAGGAGGCCUAAAAAUCGUGCAUGAGCUUACGAGGGUACUAAUAUAGUAUGAAAAGAAAAUGGCGGGAGAUAAUGAUUCUGUUGCUGCUGUGCAGUGCAUCAACAUCAAGAAGCAUUAUGGGCGGGGCGCCCACCGUCUGGACGUUCUGCAGAACCUGAACAUGUUUGUACCUCAGGGAAGCAUAUAUGGCCUCCUGGGCCCUAGUGGGUGCGGCAAGACCACACUCCUGCGGUGCAUCCUGGGAAGGCUCAGCAUGGACCAUGGUACCAUCUGGACCUUGGGCAAGCUGCCGGGAACCAUCGGGCACGGGGUGCCAGGGAGCAUGGUCGGGUACAUGCCUCAGGAAACAGCCCUGUAUGAAGACUUCACCAUCAGCGAGACGCUCAACUACUUCGGCACCAUCCAUGGCAUGCCCAGGGACGUCCUGCAAGGGAGGAAAGAGUUCCUGAUCAACCUGCUGGACCUUCCGUCCAUGGACUCCAUGAUCAGGAACCUCAGUGGAGGCCAGAAGCGUCGCGUGUCCUUUGCCGCAGCCCUGGUGCAGAGCCCACCUUUACUCAUUCUGGAUGAACCAACAGUUGGAGUGGAUCCCUUACUCCGAAUCAGGAUCUGGGAACAUUUGCUGGCAUUUGCAAAAGAAUGGAACACCACCAUCAUCUUGACAACUCACUACAUAGAAGAAGCACGGCAGGCAAAUAUCGUUGGUUUGAUGAGGAACGGCAAACUGCUUUCUGAGUCUCCACCCCAAGACCUGAUCGACUGCUAUCAAAUGCCGACUCUUGAGGACGUGUUCCUGAAGCUGUGUGUGCAAGACAGCGAGAGAAGAGGGGACGAUGAAGAACAGGCACAAUCAACCGCAGUUGUGGUCCACAGUAUCAAUGGAGCUGUUGAAAGGAAUGUCUCAAGUAGCCAGGAGGACGUUGUUUUUUCCUCUGACUCGGCCAUGCUCAUCGACGAGAGCAGACAUGUUUGCAAACCUGGGCCUUCAAAGCUGCGCUGCUCAGAUAUUUUUCUUAGCCCCGCCCACUUGUGGGCUUUGAUGGUCAAGAAUAUCAUCCGCAUCAUGAGAAAUCCCGGGAUUCUUUUCUUCACGGUCGUCAUACCCAUCCUCCAGACAUCCCUCUUCUGCCUGGCCGUCGGCAAUGACCCCAGGGACCUGUCGGUUGCCGUGGCAAACCUGGACCACCCACCAAUUCUGAGCAAGCUCUAUCUGCAGCAGAUAGACAACUACACCGUGCAUCAGAUCCCGGUGGACACUCUGAGCUUAGGGAAGGCCGGAGUGAGGUCCGGGGAGUACUGGGGAGUGAUCGAAAUGGGAGCCAACUUCUCCGUAGAUCUCCUAAAGAGAUUCCAGAAUUACAGUUCAGCUGAUAAUGCCACCAUCCAGGGCGGUUCGGUCCACGUGUAUCUCGACAUGACUAAUUCCCAAAUAGCCAUUUCACUGCAACAGAAGCUGCUGGAGGCAUUUCAGAAUUUCACUCAGAAGCUCCUGCCCAACCCACAGAUCGCUGAAAUACCAGUCGUGUUUGAGCCGCCCAUCUAUGGCAGCACAAGGACAAAAUUUGUUGACUUUGCCGCCCCAGGCAUAAUACUGACAAUCAUUUUUUUUCUGGCCAUGGGCGUAACAGCGCUGUCCUUAGUGACCGAGAGGAAAGAAGGGUUACUGGACCGGAGCUGGGUGGCUGGGGUGAGUUCUACGGAAGUAAUGCUGGCCCACAUCCUUGUCACUGGCUUGCUGACUAUCAUCCAAAUAAUACUGGUCCUUGUAUUUAUCUUGGCUGUCUUCAAGAUCCCCAACGAAGGCAGCCUGGCAUUGAUCACGCUACUCUGUAUCCUGCAAGGUUUCUGCGGUCAGGCUUUCGGUCUCUUUUCCUCCUCCGUCUGCAGCACCGAGAUCACCGUCAUGCAGUUCACGCAGGGCUUCUUCUAUCCCAUAAUCCUGAUGAGUGGUAUCAUUUGGCCCAUCCAGUCCAUGCCCGAUGUCCUCUAUUACAUCAGUCUUUGCCUGCCACAAACUUAUGCUAACGAGGGACUCCGUAACAUCCUCAGCAAAGGCUGGGGCAUGGAACACUUUGAGGUGUGGCUGGGUUAUGUCAUCACUUUGGCCUGGUCGCUCGUCUUCCUCACCUUGUCGGCCGUGUUCCUGCGCAUAAGAAAGUAGACCCUUUGUUGUUUUUUUAAUUUUACCUCGUCCUUAGUCAUCGGCGGCCAACACACUCAGCAGUAUUUGCAUAAAAUGCCAAUAGUGCUUUGGUCGUUAAACGUACAAUUCUUUUGGCUACGCACAUCUAGUUUACCUAAAAUAGCAAACACCAUGUGACUGGCUCUCAGCCAAUCAGGAUACAGAAUCUAUGGAUGAGAUGUACACGUAAUAUAACAAUACAUAUGCCCACGAAAGCCACUGGCUGAGUGGGUACAGCCACAUCUCACAUUGAUACGUGUGCUGUUGUUAGCAAUAGGUGGGUAAAUUGGACUUAGUCAUUUGGGUAUUAAAGGGCAAACUCUCAGCAUGGUGUCAACUGUUACCUCUUAACUUCAGGGUCAACUUUACCUACAUGGGAACAGGAAUUCAGUUUAUAUUUAGCCAUAUCUCUACAUCUUUGUAAUGCACAAAGACGGUUUGAGGAAACGCGGUGGUUCCCAAACUGUGUCACCUGGGCAUUGUUUGUUUACUCUCAAUUUGUUUGUUUGUUUUUUUUUGCAUAAUGUCGUUGACGAUGGGGUGCAUAGAGACAAGAAUCUAUCUACAUGACCGGAUUUUGCAAACAUGUACCUUGAAUGAAUUACAUGUAGCUCAUAGCUUCUCGGCUCCAUGUGUGGCCCUCUUAUUCCAUGAUUUAAAAACAGCUAAAUGAUACAUCUUGUAAACAUCUGCUGACAAAACAUUUCAAGUGGUUUUUUGUGCAUGCGUGGCAUACAUACUGUAGUGUGGACCUCUGCACAAGAGGUCCACACAAUGUUGGGUGUGAUGGCGUUGUGUGGACUCGCACCUGUCCACACACCCACGCUUACCUUACAUACCUAGUGUGGACAUUCCUUCAUUUUCGUGCAUUUAAGAAAACUCAGUGAAAACACUUGUUUUUCUUGAACUGGAGACACGAUUUUCAGCAAAAUACUUGUUUUUCUUGAACUGAGCACAUGAUUUUCAGCAAAUUACUUAUUUUUCUUGAACUGGGAACAUGAUUUUCAGCUGGCGUUUUGUACAAGGUUUCCUUGACUAUUCCUCUUCCUUUUAAGACGGAUGAUCCUUACCCCAAAAUGCCUCUAAACUUCUUUUUCAGAGAAGGGGAAACUUCCUGUGGGCAUGUGUAAAAGAGUCCACAGAAAGUCUUCCUUUCCUGCAUUGUGCGGACAUCUUUUGUUCACAAGUCCACACUAGGUAUGUAAGGUUAGCGCAGAGUUUUCCUCACUGGAAAGAGUUUCAGAGGCAUUUUGGGGUCAAGGUUAUCGGUUGAAAAAUGAAGAGGAACAGUCCAGGAAAUCAUCAUCAAAAA